AGCGAAGAUCACGGCGGCAGGAGGCGAAAGGAGAGGCUGGGGAAAGGAGCCGCGCGCACGCCUCUCUCUGCCCAAGCCAGCUCGCUCGUCCGCCCGCCUUCCCCUCCUUCCUUCCCCGGGGGCGGCUGCAGAAGUAGCAGCUGCAUCAGGGAGCUUUGCCAAAGAUCUGCCCAGGGUUAGGCAAGGAGCUGGGGCCGAAGAUAACAACAGAGCGGCGCCUCCACGAAGGAAUCAAACAGAAGGGAGACGCGGCACAAGAGAGCCGAGCAGGGACUUUGCAGUUGCAGAAGGUGGUCCGCCCGCUCCCAAAGCUGGGAUAGAGAGUCCCCCUCCACUCACAGCAUAGAUGCGCCCUGAAUCAGCGGAGUCGUAUUGCACCUGAAUAAAAGAGUUAGGAUCUUAGGGAAGGGACGGACGGCACCUCUUCCCUCCUUGCCACUGAAAAGAAGGAGCAGGCGUGUGCAUGUGCGCGCGCGCAUGUGACCACUCUUGGCUAUUUGUGUAUUUCCCCGCAUAAUUCAACUGAAAAAGAAAAACGUCUCUUCUCUAAAGAUUUGGAAACUUCUGAUUGUUUUCUGGUGCAGGGAGCGAAAAGGGGGAGGGUGGAGAGCAGCUUCCUAGGAAAUCCUCCUUGAGUGCUAAGGAGCCAUCCUGAAAAAAUAAGCACACUCAUCAUAAUAGAAGGAUACAUCUGGACUCUGUUUGCGUUUCCUGGCUUUCCUGGGGACGAAGAUGCUGUCCUACGGCGUGCUGGAUGCAAAUGUGGUAGACGUGGAAAAAAGGCGAAAUCCCUCCAAGCAUUAUGUGUAUAUCAUAAAAGUAACGUGGUCAGACUCAACUUGCCAUACCAUCUACCGCAGAUACAGCAAGUUCUUUGAUCUCCAGAUGGAGCUCCUGGAUAAAUUCCCUAUUGAAGGAGGCCAGAAAGAUCCUAAGCAGAGAAUCAUCCCGUUUCUUCCAGGUAAAAUCCUUUUCAGGAGAAGUCAUAUUCGAGAUGUAGCUGUGAAAAGACUAAAACCUAUUGAUGAAUACUGCAGGGCAUUGGUGAGGCUUCCCCCUCAUAUUUCCCAGUGUGACGAAGUCUUCAGAUUCUUUGAGACUAGACCAGAAGACCUAACCCCCCCUAAAGAGGAUUAUGGCUCCUCAAAAAGGAAGUCAGUUUGGAUGUCCAGCUUGUCUGAUUCUCCAAAGGCUAUUGCAGGUGCUGACGCUAGCUCUGAACCCAUGAUCCUGGAGCAGUAUGUGGUGGUGUCUAACUAUGAGAAACAGGAGAACUCUGAGAUUAGCCUGCAGGCUGGAGAGGUUGUGGAUGUAAUAGAGAAGAAUGAAAGCGGUUGGUGGUUUGUAAGCACAUCAGAAGAACAAGGCUGGGUCCCUGCUACAUACUUGGAAUCCCAAAGUGGAAUUAGAGAUGAUUCUGAAAUUAAUAUGUCGAAGGGAGGGGAAGUUUCUAAGAGACGCAAGGCUCACCUGAGGCGCCUGGACCGACGAUGGACACUGGGAGGGAUGGUCAACAGGCAGCAGAGUCGAGAAGAGAAAUAUGUCACAAUUCAGUCAUACACCAGCCAAGGGAAGGAUGAGAUCGGGUUUGAAAAAGGAGUCACUGUGGAGGUUAUUCAAAAGAACCUGGAAGGAUGGUGGUACAUAAGAUAUUUAGGCAAGGAGGGCUGGGCUCCAGCAUCGUAUCUCAAGAAAAUAAAAGAUGAUCUUUCAUCUAGGAAAAAAAACUUAACAGGACCAGUGGAAAUUAUAGGAAACAUCAUGGAAAUCAGCAACCUGUUGAACAAGAAAUCCUCAAGUGACAAGGAAACACAGUCAGAAAUUGAAACUGCAGAAUCCCACAUUUCUAAGAAGGAAAUUAGCUUGCCCAUCUUAUGCAAUGAUUCCAAUGGUAAUGCCAUGAUGGCUCAAGACAAGCAGGUCCCAAAACUGGCACAAGGAUCUCCUGCCAUAGCACGGAUUGCACCUCAAAGAGCUCAAAUAAGCUCUCCCAAUCUGAGAACAAGGCCUCCCCCCAGAAGAGAAUCCAGUUUGGGUUUCCAGCUACCUAAACCCCCGGAGCCACCAUCAGUGGAGGUUGAAUACUACACUAUUGCAGAGUUUCAGUCUUGUAUUUCUGAUGGGAUAAGCUUUCAUGGAGGACAAAAGGCAGAGGUUAUUGACAAGAACUCUGGUGGCUGGUGGUACGUGCAGAUUGGGGAGAAAGAAGGCUGGGCUCCAGCAUCCUAUAUUGAUAAAAGGAAGAAGCCUAAUUUAAAUAGGCGAACUAGUACUUUAACUCGACCCAAAGUCCCUCCUCCAGCACCUCCCAGUAAGCAAAAAGACACUGAUGAAGGAACAUCUGCUGGAAUCAUAACUUCUGGAGAUACCCAGGAUUCCACAAACAAGCAAAAAUAUGAAGAACCAGAAUAUGAUGUGCCUGCUUUUGGCGUUGACUCAGAAUCUGAGCUGAGCCAGGGAGAAGACGGAAGCCUGGAGAGAGGCAUGCACCAACUACUUAAGCUUUCCCCUGUGUCAUCUCUCCAAAGGGCAAACUCAAGUGUUGGAGAAUCAUCUGAGGAUGUGGCUCAUGAAGAAGAGACUAUAUAUGAAAAUGAAGGAUUCCGACCAUACAUAGAAGAUGGUCUGUCAAGCAAAGAGUCUAGUGGUGAUUCUGAUUCUCAAAGAAGUUCAUCGGUAUCUUCAAUUCAAAGAAAUUCACCAUGUUCUGUUUCUCCCAAGUCCUCACUUCUGAAGCCCAAAAGUGACAAAGGCAUUCAGCCAAACCUUGGGAAGCCCAGCUAUUCCAGAAAUGAGGAAACAAAGCCAAGGUCAGCCUCAGACGCUGGUUUAAGUAGUGUGUCUAAAUUGGGCCUAAAGAGGGAUCUGGGGGAGAGUGUAUCUAGCAGAGCAAAACCAAUGGUGAGGCCUAAACCUUUUCUGAACAAAGCAGACUCUCAGAGUCAAGAAAGGAUGGACAUUAGCACUUUACGCCAUCAGCUAAGGCCCACUGGACAGCUUAGAGGUGGACUUAAGGGUUCUAGAAGUGAGGAAUCUGAAAGCCCACCAUAUACAGCUUCUGGAAAUCCAGAAGAGUCCUUCAGAAGAAGCUCUGCAGAUCUCAUUACAAUUCCUCCCCAUACCAUAUUCUGCUCAAACCAGCCAGCCAAAACAGAACUUGAAAACAACUCCUUGAAACGUCUCUAUAUAACUACUGACUCCUACCAGAAAGUUCAAGAUUCUGAGAUCAGUUUCACAGCAGGCAUUGUGGUGGAAGUAGUGGAAAAGCAAACAAGUGGAUGGUGGUACUUGAAAUAUGGAGACCUAGAAGGAUGGGCUCCUUCUCAAUAUUUAAUGCCCUGUGAUAACCAGCAGAAAGAAACCACAUCCAAUGAGACCAACAUUGCACUGGCCAAGAACAGAAGAAAUGAAAGCAAAUCCAAUAGCUUGGAGAAGAUAGAGAAGAAGGUCCAAGCACUGAACACAAUCAACCAGAGCAAGAGAGCAACACCACCUAUUCCCAACAAACCUCCUGGUGGCCUCUCUAAAACAUCUGGACCUGUCAAAUUGCGAAACGGAGUUAGACAGCUAGCAGUGAGGCCACAAUCUGUAUUUGCCUCCCCACCACCCAAGGACAGCAACUUGUCUUGUUCCUUGCGUAGAAAUGAAUCUCUUACUUCCACAGACCACCUGAGGGCAGUACGCCGCAAUUCCUCUUUCAGCACUGCCCAGUCACAGAUUAGUGAUUCUAAGAUAAAACAAGCUGAUCGGUUGGGCUCUGAGGCAUCUGAAACCACUUCAUACCUUCCUACUGAACGAAAUGGAAUCCCAGUGUCAACAGUCAGGCCAAAACCCAUUGAAAAAUCCCAGUUCAUUCACAAUAAUUUAAAAGAUCUCUAUAUCUCCAUUGCAGAUUAUGAGGGUGAUGAAGAAACUGCUGGAUUUCAGGAAGGUGUCUGCAUGGAGGUACUGGAAAGAAACCCAAAUGGCUGGUGGUACUGUCAGAUCAUGGAUGGUGGGAAACCUUUUAAAGGAUGGGUGCCCUCAAACUAUUUAGAGAAGAAGAAUUAAAACGACAAUGUCUUUAAAUUCCCUAAUUUAUACUUUUCUACUACAUACUUAUGGAAGCAAAGAAAGAUACAGUUAUGUAUUUCAUGUUGCUUUGUCAUGUAUACAAGGGACAUUCAAACUGUACUUUGCUUGGAUCAUAUAAGUUGGCCAUGUUUUGAAGGGAUGUGAUGCAUGAAGGGUUGGCUGCUUCAGCAAAUAUCAAGAAAAGGCAGCUGGAAUGAAUACCUUUUUUGAGAAGUGAAGUCUUUUGCAAACCAUGUGCAAUGGAGUACAUUAUCCCACCAUCCUGUUGUAAUAAUAGGAAACCAAUUGUGUGCCUUUCUCAGUAUAUUUUUGAACCUAGGUGGCCACUAGGGAAUGUUAAGGAGUUGGUGCCAAACCUGGACAUGCUAAAAAUUGCAGCUUGUUGAUUUUCUUCCACAUGGAGUCUGUAAGUAUUUCCAAGCUGUGGAUGUUUUCCCAAUAUGUAUUUCAAGAGUGCAACAGAGUAGGUGAUGAAACUAAUCCAACCCAGUCCUCAACUAUGACACCCUUCUUGGCAUAUUAUUGUUUGAAGACUCGAAGCCUUUUCACUGUGCAUUAUUGGUAUCUGACUUGUUCCAUAUUUUUCCAUUAAUACUUCAUUUCUCUCUCUUCCCUUCAACCCUCCAUAGCAUUUAUAGAGCUAUUCUCUUGUGGUAUCCUGUGACAGCUAGUUCAGUUUUUCUGUCAAGAAGGGUCAAAACUUUUUGCAAUUUGAAAUGUACCAAAGUCAUAUGUGGUUUCUAGGUGUUCAUGAACACACUAAAAUGAUGCUUUGUGCACACUUCUUGUGCUUAUUGAUUGGUUUUGUGUUUAGGUUCUUCUGGACAACCAGCAUUGAUACUUCAUUUAUAAUGGGUCUCAUGCUCCAUUGCUAAUUGAGAUCUUUUUAGAUUUCCCUAGUUGAACUGUGCAGUGGGAAAGCUCUAUACAAAGUUGUGGGAUGUACAUUGUCCAUAGUUCAGAAGAGGAAGCCAUGGUUGCAUGAAUCUCUUUCCUAUACCAAGACCCGGUGGGUUUGGCUGACUGGCUACAUAACCUUAGCUAAAGGGAAGGGUUUCUUGGCCAUCCUUAUCUUCCUUUUCUUCCUUGUUGAACAGAGCAUAGAGUCAGAAGAUUUCUCCUUAGUGUGACUCUCCUGUUGCUUGUAUGAGGUUCCUAAAGCCAUCUAUAUUCCUGUCCUUCAAUCAUAAAUUCUGAGAGGCUCCCAGUCCCAGCUGUCACAGAUGAAAGGCAGGUCUUUUGACUGGAAAACUAAGCUGACACUCUUUGCACUGUGGUAGCAAUAGCUUCUUCAGGAUCGCAUCCCCUUGGGGUUAUUGGAAUGGAGUCCAGUGAUCUGCAUGUCCACUGUAUGAAAGUGAGAGCUGAGCCUGGCAUCUAAAUUUUUCUUUUCACAAUGCAAUCUAGCACCUAGGAUGUAUCACAUAAAUAAAAUUUCAAGUGAUUGAAUUAUCCCUGAGUUUCAGUUAAAGCUCUGGAAUUUACUUCUACAUUUGCAGUCCAAACCCCACAUUGCUAGAGUUUCCCAUUCUUUUCGAUAAAGAAUGCAUAGAGAAAUUGAAUCCUCGCUGUACAUGCAGAACAUUUCAUUUCUUAAAAAGGAAAAUGAGAUAUAUCGUUUCUGUAUCACAGCCUUCCACAACCUAUCAACCAUUCCUGAAUGAUACUGAAAAUACUGGAUUGGUUAUGCCCACACCUCAGAAGAAGGAGGAGCUCACACAGUGUAUGAGACAUUUUCAGACUGCAGCUUUUUCAUUUGGCAGAGAAGUAUCAAUGUUUACAAAGAAGUGUGGAAGGAGAAGAAGCUAUGGAUUUUUAUUCUCUACACCAUCUUUGUAUAUCUGGGGAAUAUCUAUGUUUUGAAUCACCACCGCCCCCCAAAAAAGAAAACUAUAGCAAAUAUUCACUUCAACAUUGAUACUAUAUUGGGAGGAAAGCACCUGAGUUUUUCACACAGAGUGGAAAUUGCAUGAGUGCGCCAUUAGGUGGAGAAUGUUGCUAAGCAUAAAGUAUAUGGUCUCCCAUUUUGUUCUCUCUCACUCAGUUUCCUUCCUAAUUUAUUUAUGAUUUCAAGAUAUGAUACUUUGUGGUGCAACGUGAACAAGACUAAAACCACUGGGGAAAAGGCUUGGAGUGCAAAAAUGUAUUUAUUUUGAUGUGGCUUCAAACAUCUGCUCUUAAAUAAACCCUUUAUCUAUAAAAGAAA